CGUUUAAAUUUUUAUGAAAACCAAAGUACGACUAACCUAUUUGUAAUUUUUAUCACCAAUAAUUAGUAAAUAUUUAAAUCAAUGUUUGAAAAAAUGAUUCCGUUGUUUUAUCAAUUAAUACCAUCAAUUGGUAUUAGAACAGCGAGACAAUUCAGUACAACUUUAACUGGAUUAAGAGGAGUAAGACAAGUGCCUUUUAAAAUAGAUCACACAAAAUGGCCAUUGACGCCCAUCAGAAGGAAAAUGAGAGACAACUUUCCUCAUCCCAAUGAAGUCAAAAGAGUCAGAACUCACGGAUGGGAGACGAGAAUGUCGACUCUUCAUGGACGAAAAACUUUAAUGCGACGAAUUUUAGCCGGUCGUUUCAUUCUUUCUCAUUAGAUUAUUAAAUUUAUUACCAUCAUUAACUCUAAUAAUUAACAGUUUAUUGAUUAUUAUUAUUAUUGUUAUUUACAUGUGUAUAAAAUAAAUUGAUGAUGAUUUGCAUCAACAAAUUAAU